AGUCCAUACCACCAAUGGCGCAGCUGCUUCGUCGGCAUCUCCCCACCAUACUCUCUCUCAUCUUGUUCUUUUCUAGGGCUACUGGAGAUGCAAACUUCACCGUGUCAAGAGCAGCAUAUUACCCCAACUCAGAUACAAAAGGGACCGAAAAUGGUGCAAGUGAGUAUGGUGUAUUUGGGGCAACACUCAACAAUGGUGAUGUUUCAACUUCAGCAAGCCUCUACAGGGAUGGGGUAGGCUGUGGUGCAUGCUACCAGGUGAGGUGCACAAAUCCUUACUAUUGCUCUCCAGAUGGCGUCAGAAUUGUGAUUACCGACUCUGGGGCAAGCGAUGGGACUGAUUUCAUCCUCAGUCAGCAUGCUUUUGCCAGGAUGGGUCAGAAUACAGAUUCUGGAGCAGCGCUGCUAACCCUUGGUGUGGUUGGGAUUGAGUACAGGAGGGUUUCUUGUAGCUACCCAAACCAGAAUAUCAUUUUCAAGAUUACUGAGAGCAGCAAUUUCCCCCACUACCUUGAAUUUGAGAUCUGGUACCAGCAAGGCAACCAGGACAUCAUUGCGGUCCAGCUUUGUGAGACAUUGAAUUUGACAUGCCAACUUCUGAGCCGGACUCAUGGUGCAGUAUGGGCUGCUGUGUCUCCACCAAGCGGGCCUCUUUCCAUAAGGAUGUUACUUAGCAGUGGAGCUCCCCGUGGUGGUGACAAAUGGCUAGUUCCGACGAACAUAGUACCCCAGAACUGGACAGCAGGGGCCACAUAUGAUUCUGGGGUCCAAAUACAGUUGUAGUAGCUAUAUAAAAUUA